AUCAGCUGAUCUUACGACCGGCCGCAGCGGCGAAAGGACUUGUUAAUUAAAUCGUGUUCCCGAAACACCGACGACGUCGCGAACGACGAAACGAUCGGGUUCGAUCGCGACCGAUGAUCGUCGUUGAGAAACUUUGGAUGAAAUCAGUGAUCAAGGUGAUUGUGAUGUAAGAGAUGCGUCGUGGUGACAUCGCGGUGACCGCGAUAGCCCUCCUGAUACUCGGGCAGAUCCAGGGACCCCGGCAAACCAGAGUGGUUGGAGCUGUGGUGGUCGGUGCAGCGGUCUGCGGUCGCAUCCCCGGGUUGGCGAAGAGCCAGAGAGAACAGUGCCGGAAGUCACCCCACGCGAUGCCUGCCGUGGGCGAAGGAGCUGAGCUGGGUCUUCGCGAGUGCCGCUAUCAGUUCCGGCACCAUCGCUGGAAUUGCUCGCACGUGGCCAACGAUCAGGUCUUCGGCCACGUGGUCGUAGUAGGAAGCAGGGAGGCGGCUUUUACGUAUGCCAUAAGCUCCGCCGGCGUUACGUAUGCGGUAACCGCAGCUUGCAGUCGUGGAAACAUCACCGCUUGCGGUUGCGAACCGGCCGUAAGGACGCGCAAGGAAUUACCACCUAACGGGUGGGAGUGGGGUGGAUGCAGUGCAGACGUUACUUACGGGAUGAGGUUCGCGCGUAGGUUUCUGGACGCGAGGGAAGUGGAAGGAGAUGCGAGAAGUUUGAUGAAUUUGCACAACAACAAGGCAGGAAGGAAGAUCGUGAAGGCCCUUCUGCAGACGGAGUGCAAGUGCCACGGGGUAUCGGGCUCUUGCACCGUAAGGACGUGCUGGCGAACCCUGCCCAGCUUCCGUCAAAUCGGCGACGCUCUCAUGAAGAAGUAUUACAGGGCAAGGCCGGUUAUAGCAAUCACGCCGCCUCCUCCGCCUACGGUGCAGGGCCUGGACAUGAUGUCUCAUUCAUCUUCGAUGGACCUAAUGCCCAUCCUGGGAAACGAUGCAAAGACCCAGGGCAAGCCUAGCGAACAAAACAAGUUGAGGAACGAUCGGAGGCCAAUGAAAAAAGCCACCAAGCCGAGGAGGCCACACCUUGUGUUAAAAAGGACCAAGGUUAGCGGUGGACCAGGAAUGGGACAGAAGAGGAUCCCGAAGAGGAGCGAACUGGUGUUUCUGCAGCCUUCCCCGAAUUACUGCGAGCCCGAUCUGGCUCAAGGUAGCCUCGGCACUCAGGGCAGGUCCUGUAAUCGCACCAGCAAAGGUACUGACGGAUGCGACCUGAUGUGCUGUGGCCGAGGCUAUAAUACGCAUCAAUUUACCAGGACGUGGCAAUGCAGGUGCAAGUUCCACUGGUGUUGUCGGGUGCACUGCGACACGUGCACCGAGCGAUCCGAGGAGUACACGUGCAAGUAAACGACGCGAUUAACCGGGGGAAGAUCGUAAGGAAGGUGGCCGAUCGAUCGGCCGAAGAAAGACGUGCCCAGCCGUUAAACGGCGUGCAAAAUCGCCCCUCGAAGGAGGUGCCCCCCUCGUCCACUGAGAAUCCCGCCAUUGUGCCAUUGUGGUGCAUUCAGGGUCCAUUACGAUGCAAGAUACAGUCGCGAUAUGGCUCGUCCCUGGGAGAUCUCCAAAGGUGGAUCGAUUCGAAUUGUUACAUUGCAUCGGCAGAAUCACGAUCGAUCGCACGGUCGUUCCGUGGCCAUUCUAUCUACCGCGCUGCGAGUACACCCGGUCAUACGGGGCGUGGAUUACGCAUCGUCUGCACGUACGUGCUCGCGGCAGACUUAUUACAUUCCUCGAGGUCUUAGCAGAGUAUUUAGAGGAGCGUAUUUAGGUUUCUUUCGAGGGAUGCAUGCGAAUCGCGAACUGCGAAUCUCUUGACAAGGUCGACCGUUCUUAAGAGGUCUUGAAAUUCAUUUUUUACCACCUGUAAAUGUAAACGAGAUUCGAUUUGUUUUUCGAUGGUUUUGGAACUUAAGGCGUGGAUUUUUGUUAAAUUUUCAUUCGUUCACAGACGGUCCUGGAGGUUCAUUCGAUGAUUACGGAGAUAUCUAUUUGGGAAAAAUCUACGACUUUCUUACGAUCCAAAUGUAAAUCAUAAAAAAAAAAUAGGAAACGUUUGUUCUUUUUGAAGUUUUAAAGGUAUUAAUGCGUUUUUUCAACCGAUGAUCUAGCUUACCGAAAUACCUGUGCCCAGAUUUCUGGAAAUUUAUUUAAUAUUGUCAAGCUAAGACGGGGUAAGCUGGGUUGGUAAAAAAUCAAUUUCGGAUACUUUCAACGAUUCGAAUUCACCGUCGCCUGGAUUGCCAAAGGUAUCCCGCAAUUCUCGGAUACGCAACUGUUCACUCCCGUUUCAUAAAUUGCUUAAAUAGUAGUUUUAGUUACUGCUGCAACAUGCCUAAGUACUAUGACGAUAAAGGUCGGCCAGAAGUAAUCGAAGUAAAGACGACGUGUAACGUAACAAAUGUCUGAUAAUAUAUUGUACAAAGAUAAAGGUAGGGAAGGUAUUGGAAAUUUUAACAUCUAUAAGAUGUGUAAGAUUUUCAAUAACGACGACUCGAAGAAUUAGAAAAGAUGUUUCGAUUAACACGAUUUAAUUAAACUUGAAAAGUUACCGAAGAAGUAGUAUACCCAUGUGAAUGAUUAUCAUGAUAUGUAUGGGAUUAGUAAUUUGGCACCUGUAGACGAUUAUUAUUGCAAAUUAUAGUUUAAACAAGAUUUACAAAGCCUUCAUGAAAUGUAUUUAAAAACGCUUCAUAUGUUUCGCUUCUCUAUAAGAAUCACAGGACAAAUUUUACGUCUUUUCAUCCAUUUACUGAAAUGAACCACAAUAUUCUGGGAAGAAAAAUCUUUGACAAUUUGAAUUGUUCUUCGGUAGGGCAUAGGAUCGACAGUAACCUGUUCUCGUUGCAGGUAGAUCAGCUUUACUGGUAUAAGCCGAGGCCCAGUUUAUACUGCACCUGGGUCAGCAGGUAUUUCCAGGAAUCACAUUGUGAGGACGACAUAAAAGCCAAUCGUCGAAUACGACAAUUUAUAAUUAUACCCUUACUACCUGCAGCUUUUCACGGAAUUUCCUGUCGGCUCGAGUAGUCAUUGUAAAGGGGACUUCGAGGCUACUUACCGCUUCUAGAAUCGCUGAGCCCACACAAAUCGCAAUAAAUUACAAUAACGGGUAUAAUAGAAACCCCUUUUACCCAGGCGAUGGGGGAAUGCCGAAUCGAUUUGCCAAUCGAAACGCUUCGUCGACUCGUAUAACGUAUAAUUGCUCGUAUAAACUGUUAAUUUGAGAGCGAAAACCGAUGUCGAAAAAUCGGCCAGACUCCAUGCCGUUCUCGGAGGCGUUUAGAGCAAGAAUGUUGAAAUGCCGGUAGUAACUAACUGGGCUCUCAUUAGCGAUCAUUAAAGUCCUUCGAUAAAUCGAAAAGAAACCUAAUCGUUUGACCAUCGGAGCGCAAAUUAGACCCGAAUGUGAGACGAGGUAUGAGAACUCCGAAUUCCUGUGAUUCAAGGAUAGAUUUACGAUGCUCCCUUGAGACGUUAUUCGGAGGUGAAAAGGACCUUAUAGCAACGUUUUAUAUUUUAAGUCGAAGUGAUUACCCCCUUGCCCCUCCCCCUUACGAUUUCCACGUUUGCCCUCGUCGAUUGCAGCUGUGUAUGUUAACCCUUUAUAUCUCGAUAAGAUACAAAGAUUGGAUAUUCAGUGGACUGUAAACCACUUUGGGUGUAAAGCAAAUCCAUAGAAUUCGAACUUCAUCUCAUAACCCGUUUAAAAGAUAUAAGCAUAUUUUAUGAAUUGCAAUAUCUCUUACAAUGAUAUCGUAAUUUUUAACGAAGGAAGAAAUGAUCUUAAUAUUAUCAAAACCUUCGUAUUUUGGGGAAUUUUUAAGGGAUAACGAUAUUAAGAAGGGAUACAAAUAUUAAGAAUCGCAAUAACUGAAUUUUGAAAUUGUAACCGUUAUUUUUACGGCAUUGAUCGAGAAAACUGAAUUCUGUGUUUUACCAUUUUGAGAUUAUUUGUACUUCAGACAGACCACGGGUUAAGGGAAAAUUAUGAACUGAAAAAUAUGUUUGAUAUACUUUUUUAAAAGUUAUUUACCGGCAGUUCUUGUCUUUACAUAGUCUUUACACAGUUUUCUUAAAUGGCUCGUGUGAUGCUGACGUUCCUUCAGUUAUUUUUUAUUACAAUUAUCUUUCAGGUAUAAAGGGUUAAAUUUACUUCAAGUGUGUAUGAUUCUUGAAUUUAUGUGCUAGAAAAGAAAAAAACGCGAAUAGACAUCUAAUAAGAUCACAUUACUUUUUAAGUCGGAGGGCAUAAUCCGGUAGGGUUAGCGAUUAGCUGUUAAAUAUUGAGAUUAGUAUCAAAGAUGGUGACUUGUAAUGAACAAUAUGAAAACUCUUUCCCCCCAGUGUUCCAUAGGCGUGUAACGUAAAUUAUUAUUUAUUAAAAGCGCAAAUAAAUUAUACUCAUUUAUGUAAGUAUUGUAACUCUGUAAUGAAAACUAAUAAAUUUUAGUUGAAAAAUAUACUUCCUAUGCACAACUUGAGGCAAUCUGUAAACUGUUUAAACUUCAUAAAAUCCACGUUUUCAACUAAUUGUCUCAGUAAGUUACG